AUGAAAUCUGAUCGGAGAAAAUUAAGGAAAUUAAUGAGAGUCGUAAGAAAUGGAGUCACAAGAAUCAAGUUCCGUGGAAACAAAAGCCAAGGCAAACAGUUCAAUACGAUCAUACAAACAUUGAAUUAUUUUUGCACGCAUACGACUAUUCAUGGUCUUCGUCACAUCGUUAAUCCUGAAUUACAUGUAAUUGAACGAUUCCUGUGGCUUAUCGUGUUUGUAAUAUCUUCCACAAUCGCUAGCAACAUGAUUUACUCACUUGCUCUUAGAUUCCAGGAUGCGCCGACGGUGAUUGACAUCGAAUCGAUGCAUUAUGGGACUUUGUAUCUACCCUUCCCGAGCGUGACCCUUUGUCCGAAUGACCGCGUCGACUGGAAUCGAGCCCUCGAACUCGAACCAAAAAUUUUCCCUAAUGGUACGGAUAAAACAAGUCUCGAAACUUUUCGGAAAAUAUUGGGCAAGCUUUCCAUGAUGAGCUUCGGGGAUUUCGACGAACUGGAUUUUCUGAAGAAUCAAAAUGUUCAUAGUCUCGCGGGUAUCAACAUAACUCAAGUGCUAUAUGAGGUAAUGCCACGUUGCGAUCAGUUGCUGUCCUCUUGUUGGUGGCGUAACGCCGAUCGCAAUUGCUGCGAUAUCUUCCAGGUGCAAAAGACCGAAUAUGGUUUCUGUUAUUCAUUCAAUUCUGAAGUGGCACAAACACCUCCAACGGAUCCUACGGAAUCACGGCCACGUAGAGCAUCUGGCUACGGCGAUUGGACCGGUGUCAAGGUUACGAUUCAUCUAGGAAACAUAACGAAGCCACCGAAUUUUAAGGAGGUUAAUGGCGUUGUGGUGAUAAUAAACGAGCCCCAUGUCUGGCCCAACAGUGGCACUAUGAUACCGUUGGGUUCGCGGGUCAGUAUGUCUUUACAAUGUAUUUCUGGAUACGCUACUCAUCGAGUUCUCGAACUGGACAAGGAUAAACAACCAUGCCAAUAUGAUGAAAACGGCGUGUACCACCAGGAGACCUGCUUGUCGUUUUGCAAACGUUACUGGGUUGUCAAGUAUUGCAAUUGCAACCCGUCUUUUUUUUUCCCCGCAACCACCCGUUUUCGUGACUGCACCAUCGAGGAUUUCAUUUGUCUGAUCACUUAUAAUGUAUCUUUUGGCGGUAUAAUCAGCUUAUUCCUGGGCGGUUCAUUACUUAGCGUUAUCGAGCUAGUUUAUUAUCUGGUGAGUGUGAUGUUUUCGUCUCUGCGAUCGCGAUUGAAAACCGAAGAAGAGCCGAGAAACCGAUCAAGCGUGAUACAUGUCCAUACGCGAGUGCUGCCCAUACUGGAUUACAAUCCUCUAAAACCGCGGGCGAGGAAGAUACCGAUUUUCACGAAUUAUGGCCUCGCAGACUUGAAUUUGAACAGAUAUUGA